UGUAGGAGAGGGAAGAUUGCUUGGGUGUCAAUGAAAAUCUUCAAGCUGGUUACGUUCUUAAAAUUUCCAACUUCAGUUUUGUUUGACGGAUGCAAGGACAGCAUUUUCUUCAGUAAUCAGUUCUGCCCCUCUGGCGAUUUUCUCCAGUGCAGCUGUAAUUUGGAGUUUACAACUGAGAAAAACAAGUGAAUAAUUUAAACAUCGCUUAGAUUGUGGUUUAAAGCAACACACACAUCACAUGAAUAAUUACAUCAAUGAUGAAGACUUGGACGAUGACUUUGACACCCAGUUUGUCAUUCAGCAGAGUUUACAGGAUAUAUACAAGCCUGAGACCAUACAACAUGCGGAGGAGAGCGAGAGUCUCCACUCUUCUUUGAGCCUGGAAUAUAAGAAGAUUAUUGAAGCAAUCAAGACAGGUGAGGAAGAUGCUCUCUCAAAGCUGUCUGAGCACGUCUCAGCAUUUGAGGAGGUGGAUGAGGCAGGCUGGCUCCCUUUACACCACGCGGCAGCCCAGCUAAACAAGCACAUCUUGGAGCUCACUCUGAAAGGUUCACAGCCCAGACUGUGGGAGCGAACUACUCGGAAAGGUGAGACGCCACUCUUCUUGGCGGUAGACAAAUGCCUCGUGGAAAACGCCAGUUUUCUUCUUCUCAAUAAUUGCGACCCUGACACUCAGAAUGAAGAAGGCCAUUCUCCUUUACUCAUGGCCAUCAAACACCAUUCCUACGACAUGGCUUCCUUGCUGAUUACCUUUGGAGCCAAAGUCAACCUGCGUUGUGUGAACAAGAGGACCGCGUUGCACGAGGCCGCCCGGCUGGGCAGGAGCGACCUGGUGGACCUCAUGCUGCGUUCGGGGGCUGAGCCUGACCCACAGAGCACCUAUGGAUUCACACCGCUUGCUCUUGCUGCCCAGGGUGGGCACACGGAAGUUAUGCAACUCUUACUACAAAAGGGGGCUAAUGUUCUCUCACAGGCUUCAGAUGCUUCAUCCAUUUUGCUUGAAGCUGCUGCAGGAGGAAAUCCCGACUCUCUGACUCUGCUGCUGGAAUAUGGAGCAGACGCCAAUGUCCCCAAAAGUUCAGGCCACUUGCCCAUUCAUGUAGCUGCUGAUCGAGGGCAUUUACUAGCACUGAAGAUUUUGGUCCCUGCCACUGACGCGGCUGCCAUUAAGAGCAGUGGGAUCAGCCCCCUUCACUGUGCGGCAGCUGGAGCCCACGCCCAGUGCCUCGAGUUUCUCCUCCAAGCUGGCUUCGAUGCCAACUUCAUGCUUGACCAGAAAAUCUGCAAGCACUACGACGACCAAAGGAAGUCGGUCCUGUACUUUGCUGUAUCCAAUGGCGAUGUCUCCUCGGUGAAGCUGCUCUUGAAUGCCGGGGCUCUGCCCAAUCAAGACCCAGUCAAUUGCCUCCAGAUUGCCCUCCGCAUGGGCAGCUACGAGCUGGUGAGCCUGCUGCUCCGGCACGGGGCCAACGUCAACUACGUCUGCAGAGUGAACCCUAUGCAUUUCCCGUCGGCGCUGCAGUACACCCUCAAAGACGAGAUCAUGUUGAGGCUGCUGCUGAACUACGGGUACGACACGGAGCGGUGUUUUGACUGUCCCCAUGGGGAUAAAGUUCAUUCCCGCUACACUUUUGAAGGCUGGACCUCAACCGUUAUCCGAGAUACACCGUUCUGCGAGGUGAUCACUCUGCCGUGGCUGCAGCACCUGUCCGGGAAGGUCAUACAGGUCAUGCUUGACUAUGUUGACAGAGUUCAGAUCUGCUCCAAGCUAAGAAGAGUUCUCCAAGAACAGACAUCAUGGUCAGAAAUCAACUCAGUACUGACAAACCCUCGUUCCCUAAAACAUCUUUGUCGUCUAAAGAUUCGGAAAUGCAUGGGACGCUUACGUCUGCGCUGCCCCGUUUUCAUGUCAUUUCUUCCACUACCCAAUCGGCUGAAAGAAUAUGUGCAUUUUAGAGAAUAUGACCUCUAUGGACAAGGAUGCGUGGCAGGGACCUGGUAACUGAGGUACUUCAGGAGCAGAAGACACAGGUGUGGGAGCUAGAUUCCUUACAACAGGAAACAUUGUCUUGCUCCUGGUUCUCUCUAGCAUGUAUUGGCCAUUAACCUUCCCCCUUGCCUGAGCUGUUCUGAACCCCACCUGUCUACCUAUCCGUUUACAAGUAGAGCUGAUCAUGGCUUUAUACAAAUAGAUUUAGAUCAGGGAUUUGUCAGCCUGAGAGCUCAUGUGUGAACUCCCUGCAGUGACAGGAAAACCAUUAAGCAGAUAAGUGCAAGAGAAUGGGGGUCACAAUUACCUGGAGGCCUGCCCAGUGUCCCACGUGUGGGCAGGAGCAGAGGGUGGGUCUGAAUCUGUUUUCUGGUCCCUAGGCCCCA